CGACUCUAGCGUGUCGACAGCUCCAUGGAAACAGCCCCCUAGCGAAUCUUGGAAGAGCUAGAAUUCUUACUCCUCGGAAGCAUUGGAACCAACACGACUAUGCUGGAAUGAAUCAAUAAUCCAUUUGCAAGGCUCUGUGAUUGCUGCGAUCCUAGCCUGGUGUCGCCCUCGGUGUCAGUGUUGUCAGAAUCUCCACUCUAAAUCCAUUCUCUUAGCGCCUCCAUCUCCUCGGUUGCAGUAUUCCCGGAAGAACGGACAGACUUGAGAUUGUUAGAGUCACUGGCAGCAGGAGGGGAAGGUUUCUCAAUGCCGAGAAGAAGCCGGGCUCUAUGGCCAUGUGCGUGAGGGCUCGCACUUAAAGAACUAAAAGACACCGAUACAGCAAACGCGAGCGGCUGGGACGGCUUCCGGCCACUGGCAGGUGGGAGAUCGCUUCCUGCGGCGACGGAAGAGCGAGGGGAAGGUUUCUGGAAAAUAAGAAGAGACCGCAUGCGCUGCGCAUUGUUUACACCUUUGUUGCAAGCUUCAUACCUCUGGGGCUCCCGCGCAGAUCCAGCACCGCCACCUGGGACUAAAGGUUGGGCGGGGCAUGGCUCCAUAGCCUAGCGCGACAGCUUCGCAGCUUUGGGCGCUAGGCUGCAUCCCUGCUGUCGCUCUGUCAUCAUCCCUUGGUAUUUUUCGAUUUCAAUCCCCCCUUCUGGCCUCCUCAUUCUUUCCUGCGAUAUGGAGUUCUGAUUCAGCGGUUGGAUGUCGAAGACCCCCCCCCCCCCCCCAGUGAAGAAGAGCAAGCGAGUCGCCUUAUGUAUCCUCCCUCUCUCCUCCCCUCGAGGUGGCUCCGCUAGUUCGACUUGCAAGGAAGACGGGCAUUGUGUUGAUCGGAGGCAGCGUCGAGCAUUUCUGAUCUGGUGGCGGUUGCGACCCACUGAAGGGAGAGGGUGGUGGCAUUCUGGCGUUGGCUAUUCUCUCAGCAUCCAACGUCGACUAAUCGGUCUAAGUGAAGUCAGGCAAUCGAGCCUCGCCUUCUAAACGAUUUCGGAGAGUUGCAGCCCACAUCCCCCUACGCAAUGGAGAGAAGCACAGGGUUGCAUUAGAAAUGAAGUUUUAUGGUGCUUUCGAAGCUGCAGGUUGCAGAGCAAGUUGCGUCAGAGUUUUGGUGUCGAUGUGAUUGUGAGGUGUUCGUGAGCACCUUUCAUCAUGGGUGCAGGAAAGGGUUCUGGAAGGGGCAGCCUGGAAAACCUGAAAAGAGCUGGGCGGACUCUGUUCUUCAUUGUUAACAUGUUGGGGUCACUAUUUUUGUCGUCCGGUCCUCUCCUUCUCUGCAUCGCAGACAUCUUCACCGUCGUCUCCGCUUUUACUUGCUGCAAAUUGUGUUUCUCUUUCAGAGCUGAUUGGGCAACAUACAGCUUUCGGGGGUCCCUCGUCGAUAUCCCUCUACUAUCGUUGGGGCGCUCUCUUGCUGCUCUUUGCGCCUAUACCGUCUGUGGUGCACCGAACCUCUGCCAUGGUCCAUACCUGGGCAUCACCGUAAUUUCUGGGAUUUGUUCCACAAUUUUUCUCUCUGUGAAGGCUUCUAUGCUCGAUCACUUCGUAGCUUCCACGGCGUCACCUGUUUCACUCAGCGAAAGGAGGCACAGGACCACAUUGCCAUUGCUCUUUACCUCGUCUGCUGUUUUCGCAUUGCUGCACAUUAUUGUAGCUUACAGGGCUCGAUGCCAGAUCCGGCGCAAGAUCUGCUUUGAUAGACCAAACGUAGAAUCUCCAAGGAGAUUAAUGUCCAUGGGCUGCCUGUAUCAGCAUAUUCCUCGAGUUUCUUCGCCGACAAUUUCCAGGUUGAACGAUUUAGAGAGAAAUAUGAUGAUGAAUCCUCAACAGGAAGAUUACAAGGAUCUGGCUGCUCACCUGCUUGCAGAUCAUGAUAGCCUGUUCAUGAAUCUGAAAGGGCUUCGCGUACACUACAAGUCUGUGGAAGGCAAAGUGCCUGCUGAAGUGCCGUUAAAGAAUACUUUCGAAAGAUCCGAAUUGCCUUCAUACACACGGAGUUUGUCCGCGAAAAGUUCAGCAAGUUCUUCGGCAUGGGACCCCCAUAAGCGCCCUUAUAUUUCUGGAUCUGGACAUACUACUAUUUGGACACCACUUUUGAGAAGCUAUUCAGGCGAGAACUUCUCAGGAUAUGGCUCUCCAUCCUGGAGGAGUAGUUCCCCGGCGUUGAAUGGAUGGCCUGCCAUUAUGCAGCAUACCCAUCAAGGGUCUUUGCCGUCAAGGAAAGGACACACUCAAGAAAAAUCAUCAGGGGUGGUCUUUAUUCAUAGUUUUGGAGGUGGGGUAUUUUCAUGGAGAAAUGUCAUGGGCACUGUGGCUAGAGAGGUUGGUUGUAGGGUUGUUGCCUUCGAUCGACCUGGGUGGGGUUUGACAACUCGUCUUCAAAGAUAUGAAUGGGAGAAAAAAGGGUUACCAAAUCCUUACGAGUUGCAGUUCCAGGUUGAUUUGCUCCUUGCCUUCUGCCAAGAGCUAGGUUUGACCUCAGUCGUUCUUGUGGGCCACUCGGAUGGAGGCGCGCUUGCUCUUAUGGCUGCCGCCAAGGCUUUGAAAUCAAAAGAAUAUAUCCAGGUGGAAGUGAAAGGGGUGGUUCUAGUGGGUGUUAGUUUUGACAAGGAGGUCGUCUCAUCAACUGCCCGAGCGUUGUUGCAUACCCGCCUUGGUAGUCAUAUGUUGAGACCGCUCCUACGCUCAGAAAUUGCGCAGGUCACUAAUCGCCGCGCCUGGCAUGAUGCCUCAAAAUUGACCUCUGAGAUUUUGGAUCUUUACAAGGCGCCUCUUUGCGUUGAGAAUUGGGACAAGACCUUGUCCGAGGUUUACAAGGCCACCUCGGCUGCUACAGUAUUGCCCGUCUCGACUGCAGCUGAGUUGGUAGGAUCCAUAGCAAGCGUGCCUGCCUUGAUUGUGGCUGGGGUUCAGGAUAAGGUGGUACCCAUCAAGAAUGCCCGGUUCUUGACAUCACAGCUCCCUAACUCGAGACUUCUGGAAAUACAGAAUUGUGGGCAUUUACCGCACGAAGAAUGUCCGGGUGCUUUUCUAUCAGCUAUGAUUCCUUUCAUGUCUUGGCAUCUUGGUAGCAAUGCAGUUCAUUCGGAAUCGGGACGGGGGACUAAUUAACCUGAGUUUUUCACAUAGCGAGUGAACUUUGCGGUUUUGUAGCAAGUAGCCAGUCUAGCUGUCGAUUAUGUACAGAGCUUUUCGAAGAUGCCUUGUGGUCCAUAUAUUGGGUUGAGUAAUGUCUACCCCAUUCCACCAAAUGUCAGUCAGACGGGGGCGAGAUGCUGCAAGUGGUGUCCCAUCCUCACUACCAAAUUUCGGCAAUCCUCUCGGUAUUGGGAAAAGAGCUUUCAAGUCUCGCCGAGUGAGAAUGCAAGAUCUUGUAUUCUAGUGUAACUUAGCAGCAGCCAUUCAGCAAUGAAGAUAACUGGGCAUUGUAUCAGCAGACUCUUCCCCUACAUCUCUGUACAACGAUCUUGGUCUUCGCUGUAGAGAUAGGCUCUUCACCAGAGUGUGCUCUUCUUUCCACUCUCUUCUAAGAGUGCUCUAGAAACAUAAAAUCACCUGGUUCAUUAGUGUUCUCCAGGUCUGUUUCAAAACUUGCGAUCAGUUAUUUUUUGUGAUCAGAACCACGAUAUUCUCCAUGAUGACGUACAGAAAAGGAUAUAAAAAGUUCAUGUAGAGUUCUUGAGAGAUAUUUGAGUAAGGUGGAAAACCAGCAGGUAGAAGUAUUAAUAUGUGGAUGUGACGAUAAGUGAAUAUGAAAAUCUGAUAGGAACAGGCUUAUCAAUGUCAUCAUAAGGAAGCACAGAUGGAGAAUUGAUCUACAUUGAGGAAAAGCAUAUUCAAUAUUCCACUUCAACAUUUAAUGAUUCAAAGCA